AUCGUGUCUGCCCGCCCGCCAUUGUUGGUAUCAAAACAAAAAUUUAAACAAUUUAGAAAAUGAGCAAGAGAAAGGACAAGAGCUCCUCGGGGCCGAGCCCUAGCUCGUCGAUGACGACGCGGAGCAGGAUGAGCGUCGACAGAAAAGUGCAGUAUCGGAAUUUCCUUGAAGGGUUUUCAAAACUCGAACUGGAAGGUGCCAGUAUGGAUGAGAAGAUGGAGUACACCACCAACGUCAUCAAGGAGGCCGACGAGCUGCUGCAGGAGGGCUCCAUGGAGGACAGGGUCAAGAACCCAACGGAGAGCUUCCUAGCGUCCCGGGUGCUCCGGGCGGCCAGCCAGAUGGCGGCCACGUGCGCCGCCGGCGUCUCGGGCGCCGUGCACGUGUACGACCGCCGGGACCUCGCCGCGCAUAUUAAAGAGAAGCCCGAAUUCUGGAGCGUGGUGUUUCCGCUGGAGGCUCCGGUGACGUGCUCGCUGUUUGGGGCCUUCGAGCCCGCGCCGCCUCAGGAGCGCCCGCGCGCGGAGCGCCGCCGCGUCGAGCGGCAGGCGCUCGCCGAGAAGAAAGCCCCGGCCAACGUGGACAAAAUGGACAAGACAGAAGAGGGUGCAGAGAUGGUGGCCCGCGUGAAGCGGUUCGUGACGAAGAGCUGCCAGCGCACCGGCGCGCCGCUCAGCUACUUCCACACCGUGCUGGACCCGGGGAGCUUCGCCCGCUCUGUGGAGAAUGUCUACCAUCUGUCCUUCCUGGUCAGAGAGGGGGCUGUGUCCUGCUACGUGGAUGAAGAGCACGGGCUCCCAUUCAUAGCGCCCGUGACUGAGGAGGCUCGCGGCGGCGGCCUAGCCAAGGAACACCAAUUCAUAGUCAGCCUGGACAUGCAGCGGUGGCAGGACCUGAUAAAGGCUUUCGACAUCGACCAACCAAUGAUGGUGCUGAAGCGAUAG